AUGGUAGCCAACAGCACAGUGGAAGGUCAUGACAAGAUCCCCUUGUCAAGCUCCUCCUCGCCACCGUCUUCUUUGACUUUGCCGUCACCGACUCGAACUCAGUCCGAGCAGCCUUUGCGUCAGUCCAGCCCAAACCUGAGAUCUGCCUGCUCUGAGGACUGCGACAUCAUCACAGAGACAGCCUCCAAGCUCGAGCGCAGCGGCUUCUACUGGGGGCCUCUGGGAGUGGAGGACGCCCACCGCAUGCUGAAGGACGCCCCGCUGGGCAGCUUCCUCAUUCGAGAUAGCCGACAGAAAGACGUCUUCUUCACGCUGUCCUACCACGCCAAAAGUGGACCGGUCAGCGUGCGCAUCGACUACAAGCAGCAAAGGUUCUCGCUGGCGGGCAACGAGCGUUCCUUCCAGACACUCUUUGCCCUCUUGGAGCAUUACAUCAAUUCGCCGAAGAGGAGCCUGCGAGUCCCGUAUAGGAAAUGGGAGCCCUCGCUGCAGGAGCUGUGCAGGAGGCACAUCAUGGAGCAGUGCAGCGAAAAGAGCAAGAUCUCAGAGCUGCCAGUCACACAUGUGGUUCAGGAUUUCCUGUUGGAGUUCCCUUACAAACUGUGA